AUGCAGGUGAUAGAUGCUGGACCCAUAGAUACCUUUGGGGAAAAAGGAGACCCUGGAGUUUCGGGUUUGCCUGGGCUGAAAGGUCAAAAAGGUGAAAAAGGUCGACCGAUUCCAGACAGGGUGGGAUCACCUGGUGUCCCUGGGCAGAGAGGUGAAAAAGGGGAAAAGGGUUCUCCAGGCUUCCCUUUACCUGGACCCCCUGGGAGAGAUGGUUUCCCAGGUCCCCCAGGGUUGCCUGGCCCACCAGGUCCUCCAGGAGUAACAGAUGGAAUUGAUCAAUGCCAGCAGGGAGAACCUGGUGCCCCUGGGACUCCUGGACUUCCAGGAAGAGAUGGAUUUCCUGGGGAGAUGGGAGAGAAAGGUGACAAAGGUGAAGCCUGUGCCCUGUGUGAUAAAGUAGGACCACCUGGACUUCCAGGACCACAAGGGCCACCAGGUCCAGCAGGUUUUCCAGGACAAUCAGGCUUCAAGGGUGACAGAGGCUUACCUGGACUUGAUGGUCUUCCAGGGGUACCUGGCCCCCCCGGUGCUCCAGGACUUAUGGGCAGGCCUGGGGCAAAAGGAGAACCAGGAGACUUUACUUAUGAUUCUAUCCUGAAAGGUGAGAAGGGAGAUCCUGGUUUCCCAGGACAGCCAGGUACUCCUGGAAGAGAAGGAAGACCAGGAAAGGAUGGAUUGCCAGGUCUCCAAGGUCCAAAAGGAGCAGCAGGUACCACUGGUUUGAAAGGAGAACGUGGCCCCCCUGGCCAACCUGGAUUCCCUGGAGAGCAAAGGGUGAAGCAGGACGAACUGUGCCGCUCCCUGGACCUCCUGGGGCAGAUGGUCUGCCUGGGCCACCUGGUUUCCCUGGGCCCCAAGGUGACAAAGGGAAUCCUGGGCUUCCAGGAAGACCUGGCCUGCCAGGAGAAAAAGGUGCUGUUGGGCAGCCAG